AGUGGCGGGGAGGGGCUGCAGCCGGACUUGGCCAUGAGCGGCGCGGCGGAGGCGCGGGACCUGGAGGAGCGGCUGCGAGAGGCGGCGGCCAUGGGGGACGUGACGGAAGUGCGGCGGCUGCUGGGAGCGGGGGCGGACAUCGACUCCCGCAACGAGAUCAAUGGCUGGACCUGUCUGCACUGGGCCUGUAAGCGGAACCAUACCCAAGUGGUGUCCUUACUGCUGGAGGCUGGCGCAGACAAGCAGGUCCUCACUGCUAAGGGAGAGCUGGCGGCACAGCUAACAUCAAAACCAGACAUCCGCAGGAUUUUGGGAGAGGAACAAACUGAAUGUCAAGGAGUGAAGGAUUUAGAUUUACCCAUUGUUGCAAACUACUUGGCCAGCCCUAACGUUUACUCUGAAGAAAGCAUUCCAGGCAGCUUGGCAGAAUCCCAGAAUGAAAGUGCUUCCAUAUCUUCUGCUUCCCAGAGUGAAACUAGCCCUCGUCCAUCAGCAACUCAGGCUGAAGGCAUCUGCACCCCCAUGUCAUGCAGCAGCAACGAGACUUUCCCAGCACUGGAUGCUGCAGCCAGACCACCCCGUAUGCCUGCCAUUGCCACAGCCUCAGUGUGUGCCAGCCCAGGAAUGCCCUAUGGCCCUGGCUGCCCCCUGGCCAUGCCCGCCAGCCUGGAGCUCUGCUCCGGUGUGCCUGGCCAGGCUGUGCCUCUGCAGCCAGACAUCUCCCCCAGAGGCCCUGCACCCACCUUCCAGCCCUUCUUCUUCACUGGAACAUUCCCGUGUAACAUGCAAGAACUUGUGCUCAAGGUCAGAGUCCAGAACCUGAGAGACAAUGACUUCAUUGAGAUUGAACUGGACAGACAAGAAUUGACCUAUCAAGAUCUGCUCAGAGUGAGCUGCUGUGAACUGGGCAUUAAUCCUGAGCAAGUAGAGAAGAUCAGAAAACUACCCAAUACACUUUUAAGAAAGGACAAGGAUGUUGCCAGACUUCAAGACUUCCAAGAGCUGGAGUUGGUCCUUAUGAGAAGUGACAGCUCUCCUUUCUGGAACACUGCAGCCUCACUGACAGAGUGGCCAUGCUACAACAGCAGAGCAUCCAAGCUGACCUACUGAACCUGGGCGCUGCAUCUGCAAUGUGAACACCUGGCAGUGACAUGUGCUGUCUUUGGAAGGCAGAGACUUAAGUGUGUGUAAAACCUUAAGUUAUUAUUAGGGUUACUAUUUUAACUAAUACUUUAUAAUUAAUAUCCUGUUUGCUUUUAUUUUUUUACUUGAUACAGUAUUCAGCCAAGGGAUACAUCAUUGGUCUAGUAAUAUCACAUGCUUGCAGUGUCUUUCAAGGAAGUUUAUUGGUUGUAUCUGGCAGCAGGGGUUGUAUCUGGCAGUGAAAGAUGUAAUAAUUUAUAUUAAAAUUACGUUAAGUACACCCACUCUGACCAAGUAAGACUCAUGGAAAGAUUCAGGAAAUUGUGUGUCUCUGUGUGUAUAUAUAUGUAUUUUAAACGUUCCCAUUAAACGAAAGAGACACACAAUGUAUAGCUGCUCUCUCAAAAUGUCAAUGUGCAAGUCCCUUAUUUCUUGCCCCUCACAAAUGCUUGCCAAGAUGAGUUGUGCAGAGAUACUUAAUCCUCAGAAGUGGCAGAAGAAACCCAUUUAUUGGGCUGAAAAUAAGUGGAAUAAGCAUGUCCAUAUUUAAAUGCUUAUUUCUCCUGUGAGAAUAUUGUACCUCCACAAAAAAAAAACAAAAACAAACCACUAUUGUAAAUGUUUCUUAAUUAAGUUUCAAUCGAGUUGAAGUGCCUUUCAAGAGAAAACCCUUGUUUCAGGAGAUGGGGAGGAGACCCCCAAUCUGUGUCCGUGGUUUUAUUUACUUUCUGACCCAUGUGAGCCUGUGCAUUAUUCCCACCAGGUGUCAGUAUUGUCAACACAGGAAACAUGGUGGCUCUCCCUCAUACACCACUUCCAAGGAGGGGGGAAUGGAGAGGUCACAGCUGGAAGGAACAUGCUUUUAGGAGGCACUAGAUGGGAAACACACCAGGAGCAACUAACUAACUUGUAACUUUACAUCAUGCACAGUCUACUGUCACUGUUACAUAGCCUUGUUUUUGCCAGGUGAGUACUGAAAGGGCUGAAUGCCUCCAGGUGCUUUCAACUUUUUUUUUUUUUUUCCCUGUUCUUUGUGGGGAGUGAAAAAAAAAACAACUCUGGUUAAGCUACAGACUGUUUAACUUGCAUUUAAAUAAGUCAGUAAUGAAAAAAAUCACCUGUGGGUUAAAGUAUUUAAGUCACAGCAUUGCUGGUAUAUUAACAGCCUGAAGCUUUUCCUGAUCAACAUGGCAGCCUGGAAGGUUACACUUUUGGAGGCUGUUUUCUUUUUUACCAAAAAAUAUGAUGCUGACUUUUGCACCAAAAACCUUAACUGGGUCCUGAAAUGGGUCGAGGGGUGAGGGACUUGCUUAUUCUGCAUAAGCUGCUUUUUCUCCCAUUACCCCCUUCUCCCCCUGCCCCAAACUGCAUUGAUUUUCUUUCCAUAUCUGCUUUAUGAAGCUGCACUAGAGCAGAAUUUCUGCACAGCUGGUGCUGUGUUUGUUGUCGGUCUGGACUGCACUGCUGACAGUCAAACCUAUACCACAUUUAUACAUACACCACAGCCCCAUGUUCUGGUAGAAGCAGCAUAGCUGCUACCCUCCCUGUGUCCUGCUUUACCCUGGAAGACUCCCUCAAGCUGCUGCACACCAAGAGAACACAGAAACCCCUUCUGCCAGCAGAGGAGGUGCUUGACUCUUGGCUCAGGAUUUCACCAAGUUACUUAGGCUUAAAAUUCUUGCUUACUGCAGUCAAAAUAAUUAAAAUUCUUUCCUCCAUAUAUCACCUUAACGCUGUUAACUUCCUAUUCUCAAUCCUGUUUUUUCUCCAGCCAAGAGCUGAACUACUUUAAUGCCAGAUUCAACUCCUGGGAAGCUCAAGACUGUGACACAGUAUGAAGUAAAACUUCUUAACUAAGGGUCCUGCUUUGUUUUUCUUGUAGGACAGUGAAGAAGGUUUUAUUUUAGCAACUGUGUAUUUAUCUUUCCAGCAUAGCUUGAAGGCUAACUCAGAUUACGUCCAGUAACUGCCUGAAAAACAGUAGUGGUUAAAUGGCUCACAUUGAAUUAAUUAAUUAAUUAAGCUAAUUUGUUUCCAGUUCCUUUACUUAGGAAGUCAGUGUAAGGACUGUUUCCACUAAUUACUGAGCAUUCUGCUAGAGGGCAGAUAGUUUAAAAAGCUUUAUUUCUCUAGUUUCCACCAAGAGUAACAGUUAAUUUGUUAAGACUUAAACUCUACUUAUAAUCUGUAAUGUGAAUCUAUGCAUUCAGAGAAAUAUUUUUGUAUGUUUUAUGCAGUUUGAUAAACUCUAAGGCACACUAGUUAUGUUAACUGGUUUUUGUUGGGCUUUUUCUUUGAAAAAUAUUGGAAUGACAACUGAGAUUAAGUUUACAAAACUUACUGUUCUUCCAAGGACGACUUUUUGCUUGCACUACAAACCUGUAUUGAACUGACAUUGCUACUCUUCACUUACAUUAAAGUAUCAGUCAUUUCAAG